AUGUCGAUAGCUGUCUUCGUAGUGCUCACGAGUUCUUCGAUUGCAGAUUAUUUAUUGAGUCUCGACAUUCAAAAGAUCUUCUCUCUCUUUGGAUUAUUUUUGAUGGCCGUCGGUACGGGCGGCAUAACACCUUGUGUUUUCGCUUUCGGAGGCGAUCAAUUYCAGUUGCCCCAACGAGGAAAACAUCUACUGCACUGCGCUACCAAGUUCUCAUUGGCCAUUGACUUAGAUUCGUUGUUCUCGUCGUUUUUGACUCCCGAAUUGAGACAAGUCCGUUGUCUCGGCAAAGACACGUGCGCCGACAACUUGAAGUCGUUCAUAUCCGCURUUAGUUUAUGUCCCAGUGAUGUAUUCGUAAUUUUUUUCCAGGGUAUACGCUCAGCACAUAGGCGUAUAUUGAGGGGAGAGGAGUGGGGAGCUUAA